GGCCGCGCGAUCGCGCUUAGACGAUAUUUACCUGCCUGCGCGCGGAGAUCCCGGCAGGAGCGUAUUAUUUCGCCAGCUCCCCCGAGUGCUCUCUCUCUCCCCCCCUCGGAAGCGGGCCCCGCAGGCCCCGCACGCACGCACGCACGCAACAUUGCACGGCGAUAACGCCUACGAGGACAGCGCGCGCCAUGCGUCAACCUUAAAUCCUACGAGAGACGAGGGAUCGGGACGACGGGAUCUGCGAUCAGCGAGCGGCUAAAAUGUUGAAGAUGCUGCCAAAAUUGAUACUCCUGCUCUGGGCGGCAAUUCCGAUUGCGUUGUCCCAGAGCAACUAUGCGUCGCAAGGCAACAGCAUCGAGUAUCAGCCGGGACUGCCGCCGAGCACGAUCCUCGACGGCAAAGUCACCAAGCUGGACGACAUCUCGCCGAUUAUAUUUUUGAAUCGAACGAAAGCCUAUUUGAACUGCGGCCAGGGUAGCAUGGAGGUCGAGCUCAAGUUUGAGGAACCGUUUUAUGGAGUGGCUUAUGCCGAUUUUGAUCGGAACAGUGCCUGCAUAUUCAAAGGACGGGGUGCGACGACCGCUAAAUUGGAACUACCUCUGAAAGGAUGCGGUACAAAGCAGGAUCCUCUACGCGUGUUCACCAAUAAUAUAGUUGUUCGCUUUCAUCCCGGAUUAGAAAUGGACGGAGAUGAGGUUAUCACAAUAGUGUGCAGAUACCCGCCACCCGUGGCACCGGCGCCUCCUAAGCCGCCAGAGAGCAUAAUGGCCACGCUGACGCCCGCGUCGGUGACUGAACCGCCGCUGAAAGGCUUCCAGAUCCUGUUGAUUAUCUGCGCCAUCCUGUUCCUCUCAUUGCUGCUGCUUGGCCUCGGCUGCUCCUAUAUGUGCCUGAAACGCCGAAACGUGCGCGUGGUCCAUCGUCAUCCGUUCGAAAGCGCCACCGGUUCCGAGAUAACGAAACUCUCCGGCUCGUCUCUGAGCAACAUCACGAUGUUCGAAGGCCUAAAGAUACCACGCGCGCACGCCCUUCUUCACGCGGCCGUGUCCACUUCCGGUAGCGAGGCGAAUCUGGUGAUCGAUCAUUCGGACACAUUGCCGAGCGAUUAUCCAAGCGAGAGCCACUCCGAGGUGGAUGAGGAACGUUCGCUACCUGUGUCCUCCGCCGGAUCCUACGACAACAAGGCAUUCGUGGACCAUCAUGAGGUUCAACGCCAAGUGGAAAUGCGUACUUCGAGCUCCCUGUACUCGGAGACAGUUGCCGCCGAAGUGGAGACUUCCUCGAUGAUAGCCGCGAAUGCUUCGAGGAUGGUGGUGCCGCGACACCCUGUGGCCAUUCCUAUCGAGCCCAAGUUUGACGUGCAGAUGAGGGUUAAGCGGGCACCGCCGCCGCCGCCGAGCCCGCUGCCGUCGGAAUCCGACGUCGCGAGCAUCGCUCUCGAGAGAAAUCUGACGACCAUUCUGGAGAGAGAGGAGACCUCUCGCUCGCUGGAAAGCGCGCCCUACCGAAUGACGACCUUCUCCUACGUGCCCGAGCUACACGGACCACCGUCAUCGGUCUCGACCAUCUCUCGGCAGCAGACGCCGCCGGUCUACUCCAGGAUUCUACGCAAACAGGCGGAGAGAGAGACCACCGUGAUCCAGGAGAAACUCCCGUCGCCGACGGCCGAGCAACCGCCGUUCCACGAGAUCCGUCGGCCGAGGUCCCUGACCUCCCUGAACACCGAGCUCACCGAGACCCGCUCGUUGACCGAGGUGACGGACGCAUCGCACGCCAAGUACCGGGUGGCGAGCAUCCUGGCGCCUACCCCGCCGCCGCCGCCGCCAAUCGCGCCUACCACGUCCACCACCACCACUCACACCGCCGUUCAGCACCGCGAGCACCGUUUGUUGCGCGAGAUGACCGAGCCACUGGUCGAGCCGCAGGUAGUCGCGCCCCGCCGUCCGGAGAUCACGACACACGAAGUGGACGACGUGUUCCUGCGCACCGUCACGGAGAAGAAGACGAUCGAGGACGUGGAGCGUCACAGUCGCCAGAUCACCGAGUAUCGCGCCAGGUCCCAACCGCCGCCGGAUCUCAAGUGGGACGUCACCAUCAGGAACUAUCCGACGGAGAAUCUGCCGCCGCCGCCGCCGGAAUGGGAGAACUUUUCCGACGUUAGCUCGGCCUCCAAUCUGACCAUCACGAACGAGCCGACGAAUCAUCUGGCGGACGACGAACCGGACGUGAACAUCGAGCCGACUUACACCACGCGCGCCGAGAUCCCAUGCCGACCGCCGCCCGCGCGUCGCUCCCUCGACGACGCCGACGCCGAUUGGUACACCAGGUUGGCGCGCGUCUUGGAGCCGCGUUACGCCACCGAGUUGACGGACGAGGAGCGCGCCAAGUGGCGCGAGAUCAUCACGACGGAGAGCACGCUGCGGACCUUGCUGACCGAGGCGGUGGUUAAGGAGGAUUACGAGCUGAUACGCAAGGACGCGAGAUACGUUAACCUGUUCCCGCCGGCGAAGUGGGACGUGAUCAUUCGGAUCCUGAGCCCGCCGUUGACGCACACCGGCUCCACCUCGUCCUCCAGUCACGGCAAGAAUCACGGACAGAGGUACAAGCGGUCCAAGUCGUCGGAAUGGGACACCAGAUCCAGACGAUCCUCCCUUCCCACCCUGUACGAAUAUGAGAGCGACGGUGGCAGCUCGGCGCGUACCUUAGGCACCCAUCAUCUCCAGACAUCGCAAUCCGCCACGACCGUGACCGGUGGACAGAUCGGCCGUCCACGCCGACUUGGCGGUUCUAUUCGUUCGCGGGGUGCCGGAGUUGGCAGCGAGGCCGAUCUGAGAUCGAUGUCCGAGAUAACCGUCCGUGAUUUCGCCCGGAUGGACAGAGACGACCUGACCAGCUUGAGCUCCUUCGAAGGCGCGGACUCGCUGGUCAGAUCGCUCAGUCAGCCCAGCCUGGCCAGAUCGGGCUCGGAGUUCACCGAGCACUGGGGCAUGCCUUCCGGCAUUCUACCGCCGUGGGCGUCCUCCGAGCACGCCGAGGAUGGCGUCAGCUCCGUGGAAACGACCCCGAGGGCGAUCAGGAGGGGCGACAGAUUGGAGGUCCUCGCCUCCUUCGACGAGCACAGACGGGGCCCGUCCAUCACAAGAUCGAGUCGAUACACCGAAAGGGAGCUCAGCGUACGCGUGACAGAAAACCAGAGGGCCUCAGAUUGGUUUGACAACAACUCCGAGCCGGAGAUGCAGAUCUGAGCGGUUCCAAAAACAGAUCACAGAUUCUCGGUUUUUACCUCAAACCCUUUAGAUACGGAGAUGACAUUCCUGAAUUCUCGACGAAGGUCUGAGUAAAGUUAUUAGGGAUGAAAGUCAGAUAAUAGAAGCAACACUGUACCACUUGCACUUUACAAAAUCAAACCUUGAGGUCAUCGUUUCUAAUGAUUUUGUCAUGUAUUUUUUGUAAUUCUUUGAGUCUCUUAAUGUAUAGUAAAAUCGGUUAUUAGAACCGAUUGAUUUCAAUCGAGUCAAUUUUUAGCGCUAUAAAUAGCAAAAAAAUUAUACAAAUUAUAUCCAAUAGAUAUAAUAAUUAUGUUUUGAAAAAUUGGUAAUUUUUAAAUCAAAUUCUGAAUAAGGAAUUAAAAUUUUAAUUCGGAGUAAUUUUAGAUUUUGAAUCUUAAAUAACAUUUGAGAAAUUGCGUGCUGUUCAGAAAAUGAGAAGAAGAAUGCGAACCAGAAAGAGGUCCGUUGAAAGAUCAGUUUUCAUCUUACAAUUAAUCCUUCGCAACCUCCACGUUCUCUAUUCUAUUGCGAGCCACAAUAACAAUGGAUUAUGAUUUAUACGGGGCGUCGGUUCGUAUUUUUCUUAUAGGCACUGUUUCGGUCAGUGUCUACGUGAUUCGCGCAUGAUGUGUGUAUAUGCCGCGUUUGUUUUGCUUUCAACUUCGGGACGUCCUAUAGUAUGAUCGAUACCUUGCCAAGAAAGAGGCGCGCAAUGCACAUUAACGGCGACGGGAUAACGUUCCGCAAUCGUCGGGUAUAAAAUGCACUUUUAUUUGUAGCGACGGCCAGCCCGGCCGUUUCUUUCUUCCGUUUCUUACGUCGUCGGUCCUACCCCGCUGCCCUACUUCCUUCAUGGCUCAUGGCCGUUCACUGCCGAUUCCGUCCUCGCGCCCGGCCCGACACGCGCGAGGACCCACGCUCAACCGCGCAAAUGCAAGAAUUGUUCCAAUUUCGGGAAUCCAUCUCCGUCUCGCCGACGUCAGGAUCUCGUAUAUAUAUCACGAUAUGUUCCCGAAACUUGGGGAAAUUCAGCCGCCACUCUCUUCACACGUCACUCGCAACGCGAGACACGGGAUUGCGCUAGUUAUAUGCCCGGUCUCGAUCUCGGCGCGAGUGAGUCUGCAGAUUUUGGCGAGAGUACGAUAAACAUAUGCACAGUUUGCAGAAAUUAAGCCAUUAAAGCCAACCUUGUCACUUUCUUUUGUAUUAACAGUUGCAUUCAAAUAAUUACAUGCAACUUUUGCAGUUCGCACGUUCUGUAAACUACAGAAUGCACUAUCAGAGAGAUUUCAUGACAAAAAAAAUAUAUUCUACCGAUUUGAGAGAACGCCACUCGAAAAUUCCCAAAAGGAGAACUUUACGGACUUUGAUGGGUUAAUCGGCAAACGUGUGAAAUCCAUGGCACAGGGAAUAAUGCAAGGAAAAAAAAUAACACAGGAUGGGAAAAAAAACGAUAAAUAAUAUAGCGUAAUCAUAUUAUGAGAGGACACAAGGGCCACGCCCGACGCGGCCUAGUCCUCAGCUUCCUAACGUUCCGUUUAGAUCGGGAGAUCUCUUACCGAGAUCACAGGGGACAACACGUAGCUCUCACGACUAAAACCACCCCCGUUUUGCGGUACAACUGCGAUAAUAGUCUACUUAAGUAGGUAACGAAACACACGGUGCUGGGUUAUACGCUUCAAACGAUAGCUAGAGAUAGCUCUCUCUCCUCCGAGAACAUUUACCUAACCUCUUCCCCCUCCCUUGCCUCCUCGCUCCUCUUUUCCCCCUUCAAUGCAUCCCUUCCGAUUUAAUGUAUUUCGUCGGAGUGCCUGGGCUCGGCCGAGAUACGUAUCGACCGACACGGUACGUUCGCGCGUAGAUAGGUAUAUUUGUAAUUACGUACUUUUAUGACUAUAAUGUAUAUUCACACACGUAAUUUUAAAACUAUGCGUAAACUCUCCCCGCGCUAUCCUCGUGCAGUCAUUAGAAACUUAUGAAGUUAUUCUCCGAAUCCCUGAGCUGCAAGACGGGAGAGAGAAAGAGAGAGAGAGAGAAUUUGGAGCUUGCAGAUUCCAUUAAUAUAUCACGGCGUGAUUAUAGUUCUCGCGACGUAAAUCGCUUCGGAAUUCGCCUCGGCAAUCGUCAUCUUCGAAAUAUUACCGCCAAGCAAGAUAUUAUCCUUCGCUUUGCUCGCGGGUGCUUAUUAAAAUUAUCAGAUGCCAGUCGCAAGCGAGGCAGAUUGACAACGUCAAACUUCGAGCUUAUCUUUUAGGAUACUUGCGUUGAGUGUUUAAUGCAAUAAUAUGGAGUAUCGCAAGUCGCAAUGUAACUACCUAUUCAUACAUAUAGUCUCUUAGGAUAUUCAAAAUUCUCGAUUCUCGAAAGAGACCGAUUUGUUUUCAGGUAACUGACGGUUAACUGUACGUUGUGUUAUAAUUUACCUGUUAUAACAUUUAAUUGUAAUACAAAGUUAACGGUAGCGGCAAAACAAUUGGUAUACUUUCCAUUUCUACGUAAUUCAAUGCGAUCGAUGCACGAAUAAAGAAUUAAUUUCUCGUGUUCGAUAGUUGUGCAAGUCCGAGUCAAUUGUUUUGCGUCGAAAUAAAUCCGUCCGAGGAAUCCGAUAUUACAUGAUAUUACAUUAAGCGCGUGAUUUUCUACGAACUGCAUUUUGUAGAGCGUGGGUGCGUAGAAAAUGAAGUCACAUUGUGGACGCUUUCUUUAUACAUGUAACUGUAAAUCAAAACCGAUAAUAAAGUUAUGCAUAUUUUGAAACGUUUGAAAAGAAUACCGAGACCGGCGUUAAGCGCACAUGCUAGAUCGAUGAAUAAAACAUAAAGCGCGCGCGAAAGGAAUAUGAAGCGCGGAUAGUGGGGUAAUAAAUCACAUCGAAAAAUUAUAUGGAACAAGAGUUAUCAACAUCGUUGAAGUUUUUUUUUAUCUCGACGUCAGUUACAUCGAGCUUUCACGAUGUCUUUUAACAAAGAAAAUCGCUGUCGCGAGCAGGAUUCGAUGUCGAAGAAAGGGGAGAGAAAAGAGAUGCCCGCGAGAUAAGAGAAAUUAAUGAAACGCUUGUAUUUAACUUACGGAAAUACGGUUAACGCGAAAUGGGAGUGUUGAAGCGACGCGCCCUGAAAGCCUUUUUAUCGGGCGGAAUGGCGCGCUUUAUUGUUAGAAAUUAAUGUAACUGCAGAUGAUAACUCUCUUAUAUAUAGAUACUCUAUCUGAAUAUAUAUUUUUAUAUCGAAUUUUGUAACAGAUGCGAAUUGCAUUUGGAUCGUCCGAGCGUUCCCGAUACGCGGAUGUACUUUGUGUAAUAAUAUUCCAGGGAGCUCGCGUAAGCGCGAGUGAAAUGAGUGCUCCAUGGGAAUUGGACAUGUAUAAUGAAACGGGGGGGGGAGGAGAGGGGGUGAUCGGAUUGACGGAGAAACGAUGGGUAAAUCGUCUGGUAAGACGGCGAAGGACGAUUCAUUCGUUGUGUCAUUGAUCGAUAAGCGGUGAUAAGUAAGUUCGAACUAAACUCCUAAAUUAUAACUCCUAAUAAAUGCUGACAGCCCACGAACCACGCGUUGUUUGAGUGCAUUGUAAAUCAUGUAACCCUCGUCGCUUCAUAUUACUCCGCGGGAGAUUAAUUUACACGGCUCGACGUGCUGUCGAAGUUAUGAUAAAAUAGCACGAGUUCUCGCGACGGCGACUCAGGCCCGCGCGCGAAUAAAUGGAAAAGUGUAAUACGAUCUUUGAGCGAGUUUCGGAGAGCAUGGCUAUUAAUAAAAUUGAUUACUAAAAACA